AGUAUACUCCAACAUUCAGGAUAAUACAUUUGUUAUUUUUCCACAUUCCGACAUUGAUGUGAGGGACUUACCACAAUGAUGCUUUACAAAGGAUUAAUGCUUCUUCUAUUGGUUGCUGUCCCUGGAAAUGUCGCUUCCCUGUUUUGUUAUUCGUGUAGCAACGUUGAAAGUAUGGACCAUUGUAAAACUGUUAAAACAUGCGAAAGUGGAGAGACGUGUUUCACACGCUUAGAGAAGAAAGGAGAUUCUGUUUCAUUCACAAUGGGAUGUACACGAAAUGAGAAUUGCGGUAACAUACCAGUGUACAAUAACGUGUCAAAGUUGAGCAACGGUCAACAAAUACAGGAAUGUUACGAAUGUUGCGGUGUUGGUCGGUGUAACAAUGACUUGUGCAAAUACAAAACACCGCCCCCUUGCAGUGACAUUGAAGAUAAUUGUCCAUUCUGGAACGAGGCCUUCAACAUAUGUGAAGAGAUUCAUAGAGCUAAGCUAAUUUGUCGUAAAUUCUGCAAACUGUGUGAUCUAGUUGAUGGAAACUGGGCAGUUUGGUCGUCGUGGUCAUCAUGUGACGUUACAUGCGGUGAUGGAAAACACACACGCAUUCGAACAUGCACAAACCCUGCACCCGCAUAUCAAGGGCUAGAUUGUAAAGGGAGCAGCUCGGACACUAAACCUUGUACUGGACCGCUGUGUCCAGUUCAUGGAGGUUGGGAGGGAUGGUCAAGUUGGGAGUCGUGCCCCGUAACCUGCGAUAUAGGUAUACAGAAGAGACACCGAAAAUGUACUAACCCGUCUCCUCUACGACAUGGCAACCAUUGCUUUGGUGAAUCCAUGGAUGUCAAACUAUGCAAGCAAAAACCAUGUGAUGACCCUAACGGAGGUUGGUCAAUAUGGAACACAUGGAACAGCUGUAGCGUUUCUUGUGGAGGGGGAGUAAGAAUCAGGUCAAGGUCAUGCACAAAUCCAAAACCAGGAAUACAUGGAAGAUCGUGUGUUGGUGAUCCUGUGCAACAAGACACCUGCAACAAUACUGACUGUCCUGAUGACGCAAGUGUUGCCUUUAAUGCCUACAAUGUAACUGACCGCAGUCCAGCGAAAGGGCAAACUAUGAUUUUUGCUGACGUUCUGAUUAAUGAAGGAAGAGCAUAUAACAAUACCAUUGGUGUCUUUACUGCACCGAAAGAUGGAAUAUAUACCUUUUUCGCACAGAUGUGUUAUUGCCCGAGUAUUAACAUUCAUUUUGAUAUAGUAGCAGGAACACAAGUUUUCGCAACAGCAUAUGGAUAUAAUUACAGAGGUUAUGACUGUUCAUCGGCACAGGCGAUUGUACAGGCUAAAAAAGGUGACGAAGUAUUUGUCAAAUGGAACACAUGGUCAUAUUCUUCAAACAUCGUUGCCCAAAGUGUCUUUUACAGAAAUUCUUUCUCUGGAAAAUAUAAUCCGUAAUUGUUACAAUAAAUGUACUGAUUUUCUUAUGAUCUGAUAAACAUAAUAAAAAUCACAAAGUUAAUUAACUUUUAAUUUAUUAGUGAUUUUAAUAUAUUACUUUCCAUUGUUAUUCAUGCUAAGCGACAUUCUUCUUUCGUUAGAUUAGAAUAAAAUUGUUCUUACAACUCAAAAUUGACCAUUCUUUCUGCAUUUACAUGUAUUUAUCUCAUAUUUUACUCUCAUGUGUGACGUUUGGAAAGUGACCAAUCUUUUUUUCCUGUAAUUUAUACCUAUUUUGAUGAGCAGUGAUGUUAAUUAAAAUUCCUAAAUAACUCUAAUCACAGUCCGAUUUAUUAUUUGCUGAUGUUCUUGGUUCCAAUAAAAUAUUAACUACAAAUGACUUAGAAGCGUUUUUUUUUCUUUCGUUUCAAUUGUUAACAUUCAUGUUAGAAUUAAUUCGAAUGUUUUGUCUUUAUAAUUGGCAUAAACGUAACGUUUAUCAGUUUGUUAGCUCUUAUCUAUAGUGAUAUGUAGUGUGUUUUUGAAACUUUAAUUUGAAGAUUUAUACAAGUUGUGUAAAAUUAUGAAAUUGACAAUGAAAAAACAACGACAACAACAAAGUAAUAUGUUGUUCUUGUUUACAAGUCGGUUAGUCUACACAAUGUGUAAAACAAAGACAAACCAAUAACAGACAUGCAAUGAUAUAUGCGAUUGUAUUAGGGUAACUACCUAUUUGUGUUGAAUCGACAAAAUUAUACUGAAUCAUCAUAUAUAUCAAUUUUAUACAAAUUAUAUUUGUUGUGUCAAACUUAUUAACCGUUUUGAGGUCGUGGAAUUUUCAAAAAGAAUUAUGAUAUUAGAUUUCGGAUAUAUUGAAGUUUACUCUGUAUUUUGAUUUCAUUUCGAACUGGAAUUAAAUAACAUUUUGUAUUUUGUAUAUUGAUAUAUAAAAUUGCAUUCUUUUAUUCUACAAGAUGAAGAUAUGACAUGGAGAAUAAGUCAAAGAAAAAUGUAACUGCAAUUCUAAUUUUUAGAAUUUUUGUUUCAUUUAUAUUUUGUCUGUAUAUAUUAUGCUCCUGUAACAGUUUUCAUUUGAAUUCAAUAACAAAAUAUUUCUUGUUUCGUUAUCGUAACAUGUUUUGUUUGUUAACGUGACAAAAAUGACAAAGUGUUACCAUUCAUUAAAUCAUUUAAUAACCGCAACGUAAUUAACAAAAACUCACAUGGUGCAUAAACUGAAAAAUAACGAUACAAUAUAAGCAAAAGUCACAUUUUUAAACCAAACCGUAUGCAGGAUUAAAAUGUAUGUUUGAGUGUUUUUGUAAUGCAUGUCUAUAAAUAAAGAUUAUCAACGUGAACGAAAAAACUUUGAUUCAAUCUAAAGAUUACUUAGGCACUGGUUGUCUUAUGUUGUUUUUUUAAGAUACAAAUAAACAAGCUUUAGAGUUGGAAUUCUUUUCCUUGAAACACAAUAAUGGUAUACUUGGCAGCAAAGUUUGGAUUUUUAAGCAAUAGUAGCAAAAUUUAUAAUCAUUUUAAUAUAGAAUGCAAAUUUAUGUAUGUAAGUUGAUGAUUAUACACAUAACAUGCACUUGUAAAGUUCAUUUUAUUGA